AUGGAGGCUGCCAUCCGCGCCCGGGGGUCCCUAGGGCAGAGCCUCCAUUGGCAGUAUGAAAACCCCUGGACGAUCCCAAAUAUACUGUCAAUGGCAAGAAUGGGUUUGGCGCCAGUUUUAGGCUAUUUGAUUGUUGAAGAAAAUUUCAGUGUUGCACUAGGUGUCUUUGUUUUGGCUGGCGUAACGGAUUUGUUGGAUGGAUUUAUUGCACGAAACUGGGCUAAUCAGAAAUCAGCUUUGGGAAGUGCUCUUGAUCCUCUGGCUGAUAAAAUUCUCAUCAGUGUGCUCUAUGUAAGCCUAACUUGUGCAAAUCUUAUCCCAGUUUCACUGACUUCCAUGAUUAUUCUGAGGGAUGUAGCGCUCAUUGCUGCUGUUUUUUAUGUGCGAUACAAAACUCUUUCUCCACCGAGAACACUCAGUAGGUAUUUUAACCCCUGUUAUGCUACUGCCCAAUUAAAACCAACAUUCAUUAGCAAGGUAAGAGUAGUAACUCGUUUAAUUUUGGUGGCUGCUUCUUUAGCAGCUCCUGUUUUCAAUUAUGUGGACAGCAUAUAUCUGCAGACAUUAUGGUGCAUCACAGCUUUCACAACGGUAACAUCUGCGUACAGCUAUUACCACUAUGGCCGGAAAACGGUUCAGGUGAUAAAUAACAAAUGAAGUAUUCCUGGAAGGGCCGGGCCUUGGCAGCGUGGUGUGCUGUACUGCCGAAGAUGGUUGUAAUGCAACUGAGUUUUGGAUCAAGAACUCUUGUUUUUCUGCUUAAACCACGGCAUCACAAUGAAGUGAAGUUUGAACAUGUACUGUGUAUAUAUAGAGAGAGACUUCUCAAUGUAUUUUUAAUUUGUUAAAAAUGAGGUUGUUUACAAAAACAAAUAAAUAAUAUUCAUAAA